CACACAGAGAGAGAGGAAGAGACAGCGAGGUGCAGGAGGGAGGGGAAGGGCUGCACGAAUGUCACAGUACUUGACGCGAGAUGGAUUCCCUCUCUUUGAACCAUUACUCAGACAGAUGAUAUAUAUAUAUAUAUUUUAAUUAGAUAUAUCCAGUAGUCUUUCAUCAUUCUCGUGAUACAACAAUGGACGCCAACAUUAUGGACAUAAUAGAGGAAUUCAUGGAGAGUGCGUUGGCGCAAUGGGCUCAGCUGUUUGAGAAAAUGGUUGAGAGGGAGGACGGCGUCCCGCUCUACAGUCAGUACAUGGAAGUGAACUCAAUUUCCCAGAGUACCCAGGAUCGGUACCUCAGGCUGACCAAUGGGAUUUUUCUCAAUGAGGUCAUGAGGGUCAUAGACCCAAACCCGAAAACGGAGCGGCUUUACGACAGUGGGAGAGAUGACCACAUGCUGAGAGUGCAGAACUUCUCUAUUUUAAAUCGACACCUCAGAGCCUUCUACCAGGAAGACCUGCAACAGUUGAUACUGAUGUCUCUUCCAAAUGUCGCCAUCCUGGGGCAGGACCCCCUAACAGAGGCAGCAGUGGAAGAGCUCAGGCGACUGCUGCUCCUCUUACUGGGAUGUGCAGUGCAGUGUGAGAACAAGGAGAUGUUCAUUCAGCAGAUCCAGUCUCUGGACAUUGAGACCCAGGCGGCCAUUGCCAGCUGUAUUCAGCAGGUGACUCAGGAUCCUCGCAUGGUGCUGCCGCUGCAGUGGGAGGAGCUGGUGGAGGUGGAAGGUGCAGACUUACCACUGGUGUUCAGCUCCAUGGCCAAACACAUCCAAAGCCUGCUCGCACAGAGAGACUCACACCUGGAGAGGAUAGCAGAGCUGAAUCGGGAGCGGGAGGCGCAGGCUGACUCAACCACGGCGCCCCUGGACAGUCACAGCGACGGGCCACCCCAAGGUCUGGCACUCCAGCUGGCAGAUAACAAGGCCAAACUCCGCCGCCUUAAACAGCAACUGGAAGAUAAAGGUGAUCAGAUAUUGGAUUACAAUCAGGAGAUCCAAACCAUGGAGGAACAGCUCAAGAAACUUCAGAAAGAGAACCGCUCUCUGCAGGGUGAGGUGAGAGGGAUGCGUGCAUUGCGGGAUGAGCUGGACUGUGCCCGAGAGCGAGCUACACGGGCCGAGCAGCUCCAGAGUGAACUUCAAAGUUGUAAACACAAAAUGCGCAGCCUGGAGCUCACACGCACUCAACUGAAGGAGCAGCAGCAGCUGUGUGCAGCCCUGCAGGAGACCAAAGCUCUCCUGGAAGAGCAGCUGGCGGGUGCCCGGGCCCGUUGUUCCUCCUUAAGGGAGCUGGAGAGGGACAAUCUUCUGUUUCGUCAGAAGAUCAUGGACGUCGAAGCGGAGCGGGACACGGAGAGGCAGCGAGUUGACGAGCUGUUGGAGAUGAACAUGAGCCUUGAGGUAGACCUGAGGCACUACAGCAGCGGCGGAGGUGGCAGUGUUCCCGCUUCGGUCGCUGCGGUUCACCAACGUUUCCUCCAAUCAGAACUGGACUCUGACGAGGAGCUGAGCAAACUGAUUGAUCAUAAGCCACUGAGUGUGGAAGUGGGUGAGGCUUCAACGCUGAGGCUGCUUGGAGCAGAGCAGGAGAACGCAGAGCUGAGGAGACGACUGGAGGAGAUUCAGGCACAGCAGGAGGUUAGGACGGAGGUUCAGAAGGCUGUUUCUCCACAUACAAAGGAUGAGCUCGCCGGCCUGGAGGUGGAGCAUCGGAAAAUGCUCACAGAGUUUCAAAACUUGAAGAAUGAAAAUGCCACACUGAAGCAACACCUAGAACAGCGCGUGACCAAAUGGCAACACCUGGAAAACAAGAUGUCGGAGGCAAUGAAAAACCAAGACAGACAAAAGGAGGAGAGUGGGGAGAGAGGAGUCCAGGGCUCUGAAUCCUGCCGGGGAGAGGGGGAAGGAAGAGUGAGGCUGAUGGAGAGGAGGGAGCGAAGAGAAGAACUCAUUGGGACCCUGAGGGAAGCAGGAGUGGGUGAGGAGUUUCUCCACGUUCAAGAGGGAAAAGGUGAACUAUGUGAUGAGGCGAUCGAGCCCAAAAGGAGGGGAGAGGCUGAGGGAGGGCAGGAAGAAAGGGAGAGACGGGAGAGAGAAAAUGGACUAAAGACAGACCAGCUUGCAUCAACAGCAAGCUCAGAGAUCCAGAAGCAUCCAAAAAGCAAGGAAGAGAACACAGAGACCACAGCUGCAGACCAGGCUGUGUGCUGCUUGCCUGCACCAGAUGUUGAGCUUCUGACAACCCGUCUCCUGGAGGCCCAGGAGGAGGCUGACAGGCAGGCAACUGUGGCCCAGGACCUGCUCUCCAAGCUGGGAGAGCAGAGCAAGAGAACCUGGGAGGCUGAGCAGAGGCUGGUGGUCCUGGAGGCUGAGCUGCAGCGCCUGAAGAAAGCAGCUGAGAGUCUGGGAGAGGCCCGCAGGCAGAUGGAGGUGCUUCAGUCUGAGGGUCUGGCCAUGGAGGAGGAGCUGUGCCGGCUGCGGAGCCAAGCAGAGCUUCACAGGAUGCAGACCACGGUCAUCGCCACCCUGGAGGGAGAGCGGGCCGCACUGGAGAGAGACAAGGAGGCGCUACGCAGCACAGUGGACGCCCUGCGCACCGCCCAGCGCAAGAGCGACCAGUUAGAGCUCACCACCCAGACUCUCAAAGCAGAGCUGGAACGCCAGGGACGCAGUUUGGAGAGUUCUCGUCGUCGGGAGGAGCAGCUGGAGGCAGAGCUCCGCGAGGCCACACUGGAGGCCGAAUCUCUGGCCAGAGCGCGAGACCAGGCGCUGCUGGAGGCCUCGCGGCUGGAGCAGGAGAAAGAGGUGUGUCAAGCGGAGCUGGAUGGCCAGCGGAAGGAGGGGAGGCAGAGAGACAGGGAGGCAGCGAGACUGAGGCAGCAGCUGGAGAGCACGACCCUGGCCCUGGAGCACAGCAACCAGAGAGUUCGGGCUCUGGACGCUGAACACAGACGCGUGCGUCAGCAGCUGUCUGAGUCGACGGAGCUCUGCACUCAACUGCAAGACCAGGAGAAAGACCUCAGCACUCGAUUAACCAGCAUGGAGGAGGGUGAACAGCAGCUGCAGGAGCUGUGCACAGACGCUCAGGCCAAGAUUAGCUCACUGUCCCAGGACCUUUCCAAUGAGCAUGCACGUUCACAGGGACUGUCCACCGAAGUUGAACGUCUCAGCCAGAAACUACAAAAAGCCAAAGCUGAACAAAAGGUGGCUACAGAUUCUCUCAACCAGUCACAGGAGAGAAUAGAGUGCCUCUCCCGGUGCCUUAAAGAGAGUGAAUCUCUUCUCCAGCUGGAAAAGCGAAGACCAAGUAUGGAUCAGGACACUAUGUCUAAUUCAAAUUCAGAGUCAUCAAACAAAGCGCACCUUUGUCAGACACACACCCAGGAGACGUCACGUCUGGAUCAAUCCUCUGAAGCCAGCGAAGGUCUUGACCUUUCCACGACUCAAGAUUAUGCCGCAGGAGAGACAGAGAGGCAAAUGAGUGAGAGGUUGACAGAGCUGGAAAAGGAGAAAGUAGUGGCGGCUGCAGGGCAGGAGGCCUUGAUGUCCCGUCUGUCCCAGUCCCAGGAGAUGUGUGAGCAGCUCAAGGAGCAGCUGGAGGCUGUGCACCGUCACUCCCUCAGCCUGCAGGAGUCCUGCACCAGACUGCAGACGCUCAACACACAGCUACAGAUGGACCAGGCAUCACUGAGCUCCCAGCAUUCGGCCGUGCUAGGGCGCUGCAGUGAGGGCGAGGCUCGCCGUGCGACUCUGGAGGCCGAGGCGAAGGUGUGGGCGCGGGAGCGGGAGGAGUCAGUGGCAAGGAUGGAGGCUCUGAGGCGGGAUCACGAGCGGAUGACGGCGCUGCAGCAGCGGCAGGAGGUGGAGCUGGAGGAGCUGCUGGACAAGCACUCUCAACUGCGGAGCAAUAACCGCAGCCUGGAGGCCCAGCACAGGGAGCUGGAGGCCAGGUACAAAGAGUUCCUGGACGGUAAAACCCAGAUAGAGGAGAGGGAGCGUGAGAUGAAGAUGGAGCGAGAGGAAAUGGAGGCAGAGGCCCAGAGAAGACUGGAGCGAGAGCGAGAGCUGGAGAGGCUGAAAGACGACAAUGAGAGGCUGCAGGCCCACCAGAAGGAGUGGUUGGCAUCGCAGGCGGAGCUGUUGGCUCAGGGCUCGGUGCUGAGGGGGGAGCUGAGCGCCUCUCAGCUGGAGCGGACUCGACUGGAGGGUGAGCUCAGCGCUCUGAGGGAAACCAACCAGAGCCUGGACCUCAGCAACGCCCGCCUCACCAGCCAGUACCAGCUGUUGACCCAGCUGAAGGGGAACAUGGAGGAGGAGAACCGACAGUUAGCAGAGCAGAACCAGGGCCUGCUGAAGGAGAACUGGGCCUUAAUGGAGCAGAGCCUGGAGCGCCGUGACCAGCACUAUUCACAGCAGAAAGAGCACCAGGAGAAGUUGAGCGAGCUCCGUCGGGAGAAGCAGAAGUUGGUGGAGAAGAUAAUGGAUCAGUACAGAGUCCUUGAGCCAAGCAUGCAACCUCCGACCAUGAAGGCCAAGAAAUCUAACUGGAUUGCAGACAGGAUGAAGAAGCUAAUCAAACCCCGUGGAGGAGGCAGGGACGGACGUGCCCUCUUCACCGCCGCGGGCAGCGUGGAAAACCUGGCCGACAGCACUGAAUUCACAUCAGACACACACACACCUCAGCCUGAUCCCCGCAGUGCUCCGGUCUCUCCCUCUCCCUUGAGAAAAGAUCCGUCCGAGACAGAACCAGACAUUUCGGUUCCCGGGACUCCAGCCUUUCGUUCCGGCUCUGGGGGCCGUCGUAAAUUGGGAUCCCGUCACGGCUGGGGGUUGGGCUUAACCAGAGGAGGCUCUGGAGCUUCCCAGUCUUUCAGUCCUGGUGACAACAAGACACCUCCCCGCCAGCGCCUGUGCUCCAGCCAGAACACCUCAGCCGUCCUCUGGGAGAAAGAGAGAGGCGAAAAAAAGGCGUCUCAGGCAGCAGACGCACCGUUGACCGGUCAGGAGAGUAUCGAGGAGGAUGAAGGGAAAGACAGUCAACACUCCAGUGACGACACCUCCACGACCUGAGAAAGACCUGCAGUCGAGUUUCAAUUAAAAAGACAAAUGUUUUAUAUUGUGCCUCCAGAAAACUGUUUUGAUAAAGCUUUUUGUAUGUCUAGACUAUUUUAAGUGCAAGAUCCUUGUAGUAUUUUUGAAUAUAUGAAUUAAUAAAUCCAUGAUUCCCAGUG